AUGAGAACCCUUGUCAGCGUCCAGUCUCUGCCUCAACCGAUUCAACAGAAACCCAUAGUCCAGUUUGCUGGUGCUGCGUCGAAGGAUGGAUCUAUGAAAGUCGAAGUUGCUGACAAGGAAGCAAAGGAAAUGGUGAGGAAUAUGACGGCUGACAUGCCUUGUGUGACUACAAAAGGGGACGGACCAAAUGGUAAAAGAAUAGAAGGUUUUCUAUACAGAUAUAGGAAGGGGGAGGAAGUGAAGAUUGUGUGUGUCUGUCAUGGCAGCUCUCUCUCUCCGGCCGAUUUCGUAAAGCAUGCCGGCGGUGGUGAAGUGGCGCACCCCCUGAAGCAUAUAGUUGUUAACCCUUCUCCUUUCUUGUAA